AUGAAACUUACAGUAAUCGUGGUUCUCUUUUCGGUGCUUCUCGUUGCCAUGAUUCAAGCAGCUCCUGUUGGACCAAAUGUGCACACGCUCGCAGAGCGAGCCGGGCAAGGUUAUUAUGCAAAAGUGACAGAAUUGAAGAAAAUUCACAGAAAUUACGUCUCCGAGAUCGACCAAUUUAACAAGGAACUACCGGUAGCCGCAGCAAAGGAUGGUACAAACGUACCACCGUUUAUCUCGAAGUGGAACAACCGCUACAAGGGAUUAGUCGACCUCUUGCAUUCAGACACGAAAAAAUUGGAGAAAAGUAUUCAGCACCUUUUCAAAUUCUUGGACUCCUAA